AUGGAACAGGGAAAGCAGUCGAUAUCGUCAGGUCAACUGACGGACAGCACAGGCGAGCGUCCUGUAGAACCAGUGGCUUUCACAGGCGGGGAAUCUCAGCAGUAUGACGAUAGCGAUGACCAAGCUUCUCGGAACCUUUCCAGACGCCAAUCGAUAUUGGAGAAGGUGCAAUCGAGGUAUUCGUUUUUUAACCAGUCGUUGAGGGCGCAAAGGUCUCGUUUAGGAAUCAAGUUUGUGUUGAUCUAUGUCAUGAUGGGAGUCUUGACCCUUGGUAUAUUCUCCAUUUACUGGGGUGCCCUGUACAAGAGGAACGAUAAGAUCAAAAACUUCCAUAUGUUGGUGGUUAUGGGUGACUCGGAGACGAUAAAUGGGGUCGAGCCUGUCAUUGGAAACGAAAUGAGGUCGCUUCUCAACACCACCACAGCCAAACAUUAUGGUACAUGGGAUAUUCGCACCUAUAACGAUAUUCGAGAACUGGGUUUAAAACAUAACAACAAUUCGGUAGAACAAGAGAUUGAGCGAAUUAUCCAUCAUCAGAAGUAUUGGUCGUCUAUCUACAUCAAACCCAAUGCUUCAUAUAACCUUUACCAAGCGAUACAACAGGGAGAUGCAUCGUAUAAUGCCACCAAUAAUACCAUUGUCCUGAUUUAUGAGACAGGUCGUGACUUUUUAAACAUGGCCCAGUAUGUGCAUCCCAGUAUAAAUGCCAUAGAGAAGUUAUGGUUAGCGGCUCAACCGAACGUGACCCUGGCAUUAAUCGAAAAUAUGGACAAUUCAUCCGACGUUCUUUCUAAUAGAAACUCGGUAAGACUCGCAACCACCCCUCUCACGUUUGCCUACUAUGACAUUAUUGAAUACACCAACCCUGUGUUAGUGGCACCUAACCAAGUGGGUCUAAUCUAUAUGAUCAUCUUGACAUUCUUCCAGGUGGGUUUUUUCAGUGAUGUCCAUCUCGUGGUGGAACUGUCGUUCAAUCUCAAGCGCCGACAUUAUCUUGGAUACCGGAUUUUAUCGUCGACUCUUUCAUAUUUUGUGUUGUCCUUGUUCUUUAGUUUCGUGUCGUUGGCAAUGCAAAUUGACUUUAGAGUUGCUUUUGGUCAUGCUGGUUUCUUGGUAUACUGGAUGGUGUGCUUCCUUACAUUUGCAGCCGUUGGACUUGCAAAUGAAAUCAUGGCCAUGAUCCUUAUAGUCGUUUAUCCGCCAUUGGUGGGAUACUGGCUUAUUUUGUGGGUGCUUGUCAACAUCUCUCCAACAUUUGCUCCCUUCGAACUCCUUCCUGGCGUGUUCAAAUAUGGUUACGCAAUGCCCAUCCAUGCAUCUUCAGAAAUAUCCAAGGUGAUUUUGUUCAAUACCUGGAAAGGAAAGUUGGGAUACAAUUUUGGAAUUCUUGUCGGUUGGGUAGUGUUUCAAUAUUUGACGCUUCCAUUCUGGAUAACCUGGUUCCAAAAGACAAUUGGGAAGAGGAAGCAGAAAGCGGCUGCGAAAGCUGCGGCGCAAGCCGCAGAAAAAGACGCAGCUUAA